AUGGCUCCGGACUGCUCGGGAGGAGUUACGUUCCUUGCGUACGUCUAGGAUUUCUGUGCGUCGUUACGUACAGUGCGUUGCUGGGCCGUAAGCCGGUGUUGCUCAGUCAUUGUGCGGAUGGCGCUGAGUGGAGCUGAAGGGCUGAGGCAAUUAGCUGCCAUGUAUGAGCAGCUUAAAGCCGAGUGGGCUAAGAAGAGCCCCAACCUGAGCAAGUGCGGGGAUGUACUUGGGAAGUUGAAGCUGGCUCUUUUGGAACAGAACUUUUUGCCUACCACUGAUGUCAAACUCACAAAGCAGCAACUAAUUCUAGCCCGGGAUGUUUUAGAGAUUGGCGCACAGUGGAGUAUACUGAAGAAAGAUAUACCAUCUUUUGAGAGAUAUAUGGCCCAGCUUAAAUGCUACUACUUUGACUACAAGGAGGAACUACCGGAAUCUGCUUACAAACACCAACUGUUGGGACUCAAUCUUCUAUUCCUUUUGUCACAAAACAGAGUAGCUGAUUUCCAUACAGAGCUGGAGAGGCUCCCUGCCAAAGAUAUCCAAACUAAUGUGUAUAUUAAACACCCUGUAUCUCUUGAGCAGUAUUUGAUGGAGGGAAGCUAUAACAAGGUUUUUCUGGCUAAAGGGAAUAUACCAGCUGAGAGCUAUACCUUCUUCAUAGACAUUUUGCUGGAUACAAUAAGGGAUGAAAUUGCAGACUGCAUUGAAAAAGCUUAUGGAAAAAUCCAGUUUAAUGAGGCAACAAGGAUAUUAUUCUUUAACACUCCGAAGAAAAUGACAGAGUAUGCAAAGAAGCGUGGUUGGGUGUUGGGUCCAAACAAUAACUACAGUUUCAGUAGCCAGCAGCAGAACCCAGAAGAUGUCACCAUUCCAUCCACGGAACUAGCCAAGCAAGUCAUCGAGUAUGCCCGACAAUUAGAGAUGAUUGUUUAAUCUAUGUGGGGCAAUGCCCUCCUUACCAGAUAUCCAUUUCCCAUUCCCUUUUUACUGUAUGAUCUACUCAUUUACUUCAACGGUGGUUUUUACCAAGGGGUCUGGGCUUUUUUUUUUUUCUUGUACAACAAUCCACUGUUUGCUUCAUCACAUUUCUGGCAGAAAUGGGGUAUAUUUAUCAAAGAGUGAAGUUAGAGGCUCCACAGUCCUCUAGAGUGAAAUUCCACCAAUCUCCAUUCAUUUCUAUGGGAUUUUGAAAGGCGUAUUUAUCAAAGAAUGAACUUAUCACCUAUUGAUAAAUACACUUUUAACAAUCCCAUAGAAAUGAAUGGAGAGUGGUGGAAUUUUACUCUAGAGGACUAUGGGGCCUCUAACUUCACUCUUUGAUAAAUAUACCCCAUUAUUUUUCUGAUGACCUAGAAUGCCAAGGGGAACUUUUUCCUGUUUUAUACAAGUGAUGCAUUGGCUUAGAAAAGGCAUUGAGUUUAAUACUUAAAGGGGAACUAUCAUGAAAAUGAAAAUUUAAGUUUUAGCAUACUGUAAUUUUUUAAAUACAAUCAAUUAAAUAUUCUGUACCGUUUCUGAAAU